AUGAGCACCCAACGUGAACUACGAGCCCAACCUCGUGAACAAACUCGCGAGCAGCGUCCAACCUUGUCAAGAGGAGGAUCUGUAUCCUCUCGAUCGUCUCAUGCGUCCUUAGGUUUGGGAUCUAAUUCACCCACGCAACCAUCAACAACCCGCCACCGUCCUCCUGGUGAUUGUCCAGAGAGUCUAGAACACAUCCUGGUUGAGGUUCUCUCCAUUGAAGUUCCAAGGCCUGGGUAUCCCACAUCCGUUCGGCUCACAGGUUUCCAAGCAUAUCGAGACUCUCCUCCGUCAUUCGAACAACAAGACAAAAACCGGAGCUUACCUGGAAGCCGCUUUGCAAGAACACCAGCUCAAAACGGGCACUUCGUUCGGGGUCUUUCAGCAGGAUUAUGGCAACACGGCCGUCUUGGCUUCCGAUACAUGGAUAAAGCGAGUCUGGAAAGAACUGGAGAACAUGGACAUCUAUGUGGCCUUUGA